CACAUUCCCUAAUGUAAGGUUUCCGAGACUACUCUGUAAUUUAUGUCAUUUUAGAAUCUCUCUCUCUCUCUCUCUGCCUCUAAAAUGGUUAUCUCCCUUCAUACAACUGGUUCUAACUCAUGUCUACACUCUGGGAGUGGAAUUCCUCAGCAUUCCCUCAGCUGUGCAACCAAGACUUUUGUGGGUUUGAAGCUUCAAUCUCCCAGUUUUUUUGGCAGUACGAAACCUAACUUGAACGUUGAAUUCCAUAAUAAAGUUCAUAAGAGCAUUCAAUCCAGGACUUGUGACAGUAAACCAACACGAGCACGUGUUACAAUGAUGCCCAUAGGGACACCAAGAGUGCCCUAUAGAACUCCUGGUGAGGGAACUUGGCAGUGGGUUGAUUUGUGGAAUGCCCUUUACCGGGAACGAGUUAUCUUCAUUGGGCAACAUAUAGAUGAAGAGUUUAGCAACCAGAUACUGGCAACAAUGUUAUACCUUGACAGUAUUGAUUCUUCCAAAAGGAUGUAUAUGUACAUCAAUGGUCCUGGUGGUGAUCUAACUCCAAGCAUGGCUGUCUAUGACACAAUGCAGAGCUUGAAAAGCCCUGUUGGAACCCAUUGUGUGGGCUAUGCCUAUAAUUUGGCAGGCUUUCUUGUUGCAGCUGGAGAAAAGGGUAAUCGCUUUGCAAUGCCUCUUUCAAGAAUUGCACUACAAUCUCCUGCUGGAGCUGCUCGUGGUCAGGCUGAUGACAUUCGUAAUGAAGCAAAUGAGCUUCUCAGAAUCAGAGAUUACCUUUUUAAAGAGUUAGCUAACAAGACAGGCCAGCCUGUUGAGAAGAUCAACAAGGACUUAAGCCGGAUGAAGCGCUUCAACGCUCAAGAGGCUCUUGAAUAUGGAAUCAUUGAUCGUGUAGUUCGGCCUCCCCGUAUUAAGGCUGAUGCACCAAGAAAAGAUGCAGGAACAGGUCUUGGUUAGUGUACUUGUUCCUUGUGCACCGUAUUGGUUGAUGGAUUUUAUACAAUUUGGAAUGUUUUUAAGUUUUAUGUAGGCACUUAUAUAAUAAGCUAAUCAGUCUGUAAUUGAUGUACACAAGUGUAUUAUGGUGAGCAAUAUCACUCUGAGAUCAAUGAUUUCCCAUUGAUGGCUCUUAAAAGCUUUCUUUUGUCAAAGAAAUAUUAAUAUAACAAUUAUGGAACUGAUUAUUUACUGUUAUGGUCUCA